CAUGGCAUUAUGCUACACCAGUUUCCGCUUCGUGAUCAUGCACUGCAGCAAUAGUACUGUUUCUGAAAGAAGAUAGCUUUACAGAGAUAUUAUUUUUCAUAUUGACCCUAAUAAUAAGUUUGAUUACCUGUUUCUCAGAGAAAACAGACUUUGAAAGAUUGACUCAAUCUUAUCAUUUCUCAUCGGAUUUCAAGGUUGAACAAGUUUCUGUCCUGUUCAUACUGCAGUUUCGUAAAUAUCAUGAAUUCGAUGAAUAUGUAGAUAAUAGGAUUUAUAAUUAGUUUUCUAUUUGUUACUGAUUAUUUUACGUAAAACUUAAAAGGUUUAAUAAUAGUGUGAUAUGUUUUAGGAAAAUUCUUUUUAAUAAAUGGAUAAAUGCAUUAAUGUAUAAUGGAAGGUCCAUUGGAAGUAGAAGAUUCUGUUGCUGGUGCAGAAGAACCUAUUAAAUCAGAAGCACCUAUACAGAAUCCAGACAGCAGUGAUCGGAGUGAUGGCGCAGUGUCACCUCCUCCGAAUUGUAGCAUUUGCUUGGGCAAGCUUGUGAAUACAUCUUUCACUGACAGUUGUCUUCAUCAAUUUUGUUUUACUUGUUUACUUCAGUGGUCUAAAAUAAAAACAGAAUGUCCAUUGUGUAAACAAACCUUCAAAUCAAUCAUACAUAAUGUUAGAUCAGAAGAAGAUUAUGAUCAAUAUCAUGUACCCAGAGAAUUGGCUACUUUGGAUCUCAAUUUUGAACUGGGUCAUGCUAUGGAUGCAGGAACUCAUCGUUUUCAUUAUAGGACGACAAUGACUGGACACUAUCGACGUCCUCAUGAAAUAAUUCUUAAUCCAGAACAAGUUGCAAGGAGGGAACAAUUGCCAAGCAUAGCACCUCUAGUUCCACCGGGAGAACGCAUACGCAGGCGAGCAAAUCCAAAUAAUUAUCGUCGUACUGUUUAUAGGCGUGGAAUUUGGGCUACCGCAUUACCAGAUAUGUUAGGUCGCUUUCGCGAAUGUAGCGCUGAAUAUUACCGGAGAGAGCCAGCAGAACUGAAUCGACUUAUACCAUGGUUAAAUCGAGAAUUACAAGUGUUACUUGACGAAAAUUCUACGCAUAUUACAUAUGUAUUGAGAUGUAUAAUGGAAAUUCUCAGUCAAUUUGAUAUUACAAGUCCAGAAUUUCGAGAUUCGGUCCGCCCUUAUUUCGGUACUUUCACGGAUCAUUUUGUACACGAACUUCUUAAUUAUGCACGAACCAACUUUGAUUUAGUUGGAUAUGACCAAUCUGUAACCUAUUUGCGUCAAGAGUUGUCAAAUGAAUAUGUAUCACAUGUUUUCUCCCCUGCAUCUAGUAAUAAUAGUAAUAGUUCUGAUGAUUCAGAUGUUCGAGUUCUUGAUGAAGCAAUCGACCUUAGAAUGAAUGCAGAGAUGCCUAGUGUAGGACCCCAUGGAAUUAGUAUGCCUGGUCCGAGUACUGUAGGACAAACGUUUCAAUUAGAAAUUCCAUAUAAUGCACCAGAUGUAUUAACCAUUUCCUCCGACUCUUCUUCGUCGGAUGGUUGCGAGGUAAUAGGAUAUGUAAAACCUCGUCACGAAAGAACACCAGAAAUUAUAGAAUUAGUAUCAUCUGAUCCUGAAGAAAUAAAUGUUUCUCACGUAUCAAAUGACCAUGCACAACCUUCAUCCGCUUAUUAUGAAGACAAUACCCAACCUAGUACGUCUCAUGAAAUUAAGAAGAAAGGAUCUUCUAGUUCAUCUACUGAAAGUGGGACAGAUUCAGAAAGUGAUUAUAUUUGUAGAAGAAGCAGAAAAUAUCAAGGUCGUACUAAAAGGUCAAGAAGAAGUGUAACUGCUAAGAAACGCAAUCGCUCAAAAGAAACGAGAGUUCGUAAUCGGACAAGUAGAAACUUAUCCAGUUCCGGAGAAAGUGAUUCCAGAAAGAAAGGAAACAGAAGAAAUGUUCAUACCAUAAGAAAGAGAGUGAUUAGUAGUAGCGAUUCUGGUUCCAAUGAAAGUGAUUCCAAAUUGACCGAUGACAAAAAGUCCAGAACUCCACAGCAUUCUAUGAAAAGUAUGGUACGUGUUCGUAAAGAUUUGAUCAAAAAAGAAAAUCGAUAUACGGACGAUGAAUCAUGUAGUAGCGAUAGUAGCUCCGAAUAUAACGAAGUUACUAAGAAUACAAGAUUUCAUACGGUACGAAAAUCGAAAAGAAAAUAUGUAACCAGUUCAAGUGAUUUUGACAAUGGUAGAAAUGAAAGAGUAACUAAAACCAGAGCUAAAGCAAGACAAGUAUCAGAUCCAAAGGAGUCUUACCGAAAAGAAUCAAGAUACAGAGACAAUAAACGAUCUCCUUCUCGAAGUAGCAGUGCAUCCUCCUACACAUCGCAACAAGAUAAAAAAAUAAAUUCAAAACGGCGAGAAUCUCAACGGAACAGCGAAGAUGAUGAUACUUGGAAAAAGUGGGCUGCAUCAAGAAAAGACCGCGAAUUUAAGUCUAAGAGUAGAGAAGAAAUUGUGAGUAGUUCAGACUUUGACGAUGAUCAUUAUAGAUCGCAUAGUCAGUGUAGUAAUUAUUCAAGUAAAUCGUACACGCAUAAGAAGAAAUCAAAGCAUAAAGAUAGACACAAAAGCAAAAAAAGGAAACGAUCUAACAGCAGAACGCAUAGUUCAUCUAAUCGAUCACGAUUAACUAAACGACAUCCCGUUUAAAAAUUGACAUGCCAUGUUAAAACAUUCCGAUUCAAAAA